AUGCGAGGCGAGAAGCGCAAGCGGACGCCCACGCGCGCCGAUGGCAUCCAUCCGCGCAACAAGUACAGGGUUCCGCCCGACUUCAAGGAACUCUCUGCCUCGUACCCGUCGCUGCAGCCUUACCUCCUGCCCACGGCGUCCGGCGGCAUGCACAUGCAAUGGCACGAGCCCGACGCCUUGCGAGAGCUCACAAAGGCCUUGCUGCACCGCGACUUUGGGCUGACCUGGGAUAUGCCAUCGACCAACCUGUGCCCGACGUUGACCAACCGACUCAACUACAUUCACUGGAUCGAAGACCUUCUCUUGCUCUCGCGACGUACGUACGUGGGCAACGACAUCGUCGGCAUUGACGUUGGCACGGGCGCGUCGUGCAUCUAUCCGCUCCUCGGCCACGCCUUGAAUCAGUGGCGCUUCGUCGCGACCGACAUUGACGCAGCAUCGCUCGAGUGCGCGCGCGCCAACGUCGCCGCCAACGAGCUCGAGCAGCACAUUUCGCUGCGCCUCGUUGAUGGAGCGUCAUGUGUCCUCCCGACGUCACUGCCCCCAGCGGUUGACUUUAGCAUGUGCAACCCGCCCUUCUUCGACUCGAUGGACGAGGCCGACACGAACCCGCGCACGAGCUGCACGGGGUCGCUGAAUGAGAUGACGACACCUGGCGGCGAAGUCGCGUUCAUCGAACGCCUCAUUGACGCAAGUCGUGCGCUCCAGACCCAAGUGCGCUGGUAUACGUCGCUCAUCGGACGCAAGAGCUCGCUUCGGCCGCUUCUAGCGACGUUGCGCGCCGCUGGCAUUCGCAACACUCGCACAACCGAGUUCUUGCAGGGCCGAACGACGCGCUGGGGCCUCGCGUGGUCAUUUACAAGCGACGGCAUGGAUGCUGCCGACCUCGCUGCCCACAAGGUUCUCGGGAAGCGCAAGGAGCGACAGCGGCGCGAUACGAUGGUUUUCCAAGUCGACCGCCUCGCCCCGAUGCAAGAGGCUAGUCCUAUCCACGGCUGCAGAAUGCUAUGCGACGUCCAUGCUCGCAUCCUCGAGAGCCCUGCCCAUGUGCUCCAGGGGUGCCUGGCUGUUGAACCUCUGGGCGAUAGCACCGAGACGAAAAGCGACUACAUGCUCACAUACGAACGCGACGGAGCGGUCGAGUGGGUGGCCGAUGCGAGCGUUCUGGCCUUGGACACAACCUUUGACGUGACGCUGACGUGGCGCGACGGAAAGAGAGAUCUCUUCUGGCAGAUCGCAGACCAGUGGAAAGGUGCGAUCGUGCGCACGGGCCGCACAUGGCGGAAGCGCCAUCAGGGCUUUUACGUGGAUGCGACUGGGGCCUCCCAAGUAUAA